ACAGGCGCCGACGAAAAGUGGCGGUACGAGAUGUGGUUCUACAACGAGGACCGCAUCGUGUAUGCGAUCCACGGCGGGCCCAUGGCCGGCCGCAUCAACUUCCAAAAGGCUGACUACCAGUGUGUGCGACCGGGCGAGAUCUGGCAGUGCAACUGGCUCGAGGAGACGGGGACAGUGUGCUCGCUGGUGUACGACAUUCCCAACAAGAAGAUCACCACCCUGCUCAACUUCUCCAAGGGGCACUGGGAGAAUGCCGAGGCUGCGCACGGCAACAAGCGCAACACCGCGGACCUGGAGCGCUGGAGGGGCCUGGCCAAGAUUGGCCACCAGACGGACCGAUUCAUCCUGAACGACCAGGCGGACAUCUUGGAGGCCUUUCAGGGACAGGGCGACCUGGAGGAGAUUGAGAUGGGCUGGCCGACGCUGUAGAGCAGUCCAAGCAUCAAUGUAAUAGCAUUAGAGCAGGCUCCGUCAAGCAUCAAUGGAACAGCUUUAGAGCAGGCGGCGUGUCGUCAAUCCAAG